AUGUGUGCCCUCUUCUGGAACAUCCGCGGCUUCGGCCAUGACGGCCGCCGCCGCCAGCUAGUUGAGUACAUCCGUGACGAGCACAUCGACAUCAUUGCCAUCCAAGAAACCAUGCGCAUGGAUUUCUGUCUUCCCGAGCUUGACAGCCUUAGCUCCCACCUGUUCGCCUGGCAUUGGCUCCCUUCUAGUGGGAACAAUGGCCACUCGGGUGGCAUCCUCUUAGGUGUUAAGGAUGCCACCUUUGAUGUGGGAGGUAUGGAUCGGGGCGAGUUCUUCGUUAGUAUGGAGAUCUUCGAGCGUGCGCUCAACUUUAAAUGGGAGGUCAUCAUCGUCUACGGACCGGCAGACCACAGCCGCUCCCCGACCUUCCUCGCCGAGUUGCAGCAGAAGAUCUCCGCUUCCCCCCUCCCUAUGUUUAACGACUACAUCGCGGAGCUGGGCCUCCAUGAGCUCGAGCGCACGGGGGCCCGGUUCACCUGGACUAACCGCCAGGCGAACCCGACGCAGUCUGUCCUUGACCGCGUCUUAGUUUCCCCAGAAUGGGAGCUCAGAUGCCCCCUGGCCUCGGUUCAGGCUAUUACGAGGAUCGGCUCUGAUCAUGUUCCUCUUCUCCUCUCCUCUGCUGAUGAACGCCCCCCCAUCCCCCCUCGGUUCCGGUUUGAGCUCUUCUGGCUCAACCAGGCCGGGUUCCGCGAGGCUGUUGCGACUAAGUGGACCGCCGCGCGCAAUUCCCCUCACCGCGCCAUGUCCGCGGUGGACUCCUGGCAGUUCUGCGCCAAGCUAGCCCGCCAAUUUAUGAAGGGAUGGGGCACGAACCUCGGUCGUGAUAUCCGUGACCGCAAGAAGGCCCUCCUGAGCGCCAUCCAGGCCCUGGACGCCCGUGCUGACUCGUCCGGGAUCUCCCCGGAUGAGUGGAUGUUGAGAUAUGAUCUCGAGGACCAGCUCUCGGUCAUCUAUGCUGACGAGGAGGCCUACUGGCAGUUGCGCGGCACCCAACGGUGGGUGCUUCAGGGCGACGCCAACACGGCCUACUUCCAGGCGAUUGCCAACGGCCGGCGUCGUCGCAACUCCAUUCACUCCCUGUGGGAAGGUGAUACUCAGCUUGUUCGACCCUCGGACAUCCGUGCCCACGUAGACGGCUUCUAUAAAGCCCUUUUCACCCCCACCCCUCGGGGUGGGGCUGUGCUGUGGCCCCCGAUACCUGGUCGGGUGCCCAGCUUGUCUCCGCCGAGGCCAACGCUGCUUUGGUGGCGCCUUUCUCGGAGGAGGAGGUCCUUGCGGUGA